UUAGGGCCAUAUUAUCUAUCCCAAAAAAUAAUUUAUGCGACAGGGAAUCUGUAACCUGCUUCUUGCCACCUGUUGCUGCUGAACUACAAAUCUCAUAAUCCCUGCUCAGGCUAAUAACAACGAGAGCCACGGGUGUAUGGGGUUAAUCCAUUUAAUUGACUCGCAUGGUUUUGUCUUUUAGGUGCGUGUUCGACGAUAUCCAACUGCAAAAAACAACAAUGGUGAGCAGGGUAGAAAUCCGGAGUGCAACACCCAGAACAAAUGGCCCAGGAAAACUGGAAGUUCUUGGCCCAGAAGAUUUCUCAACAGAAACUUGCUCCUUGGCACCUCAAUUUAGUAAUUUUGAAACUACAGAUCUAACAAAUGCAAUAAAGACAGUAGCAAAUGAAAAAGGAAAACUACAGGUCCUUGGGCCACAAGAAAAUGUUUUCGUUUUUCCUAGUGGAACAACAUCAAGACCAGUAAGUGCUGGAGGAAGACAAUGGUCAGUAGGAAGGAAAAUGUACAGCCCUACCAAGCAGAUCUCAUUAUGUGCGGUCAAAGUAUUAUCACAAAGCUUUGACAGUGAAAAUUGCAAGCCCUUGCAAAAGAUGAGCCCAAAUGCAACAGUGAAAAAAUCUGUGCCAGAAGGCUUAGAUGAAAAUUCAGAAUGUGUACCACAGCACGUUGAAAAGGAGGUGGUGACAGACAAGGACAAGGAAAGUAGUGAUGAAGAUAAGAGCAGUGAUGAAAAAGAAGCCGUGCCCCUAGAACUUCUUGCUGAGUUCCUUAAGGCUGUAAUGGCUGCAGAUUAUAAAGUGGCACACAAGCUUUGUCAAAUGAUUCUUUUAUAUGAACCUGAAAAUCGAGAAGCAAAGGAAUUUUACCCACUUAUUGAGAAAAUGGUGCAAAUGGAAGAUGGAAAUACAGACAGCGAGGAUACAGAGAACAGUGAGGACACUGAGGGGAGUGAAGAAUCAGAUGAGGAAAGCAGUGAAAGUGAAAGUGGGGACAGCUCUGAUACAAGCUCUGAUGAUACAAGCGAAGAUGAAAGUGUUCCUUAGAUGGGAUAUACUGCACCAGUAUUUAUUGGUUCUGUAUGUUCCCAACAUCGAUUUUCUUAGUGUCCAAAUAAAUUAUGUUUGUGCACAUUA